UUGUUGUGUGUGAACACUUCGUAAACGUACGUGCGGCAUAUUUUAGGUAGACCUGUUAUAUGAUCCCAUUUCCUUGACAAGUUAUAUGAUAACUUAGGUAUUCCUAACUGACGGAUAUUGGAAAUACGGAAUGUUGCCUGAUCUUCUGAAUAGCUUAUCGACGAAUCCUUAUUUUGGCGCCGGCUUUGGCCUUUUUGGAGUCGGAGCAGGUGCGGCGAUUCUUCGCAAAGGCCUACAAGGGAGUAUUGUAUUGUUUAGACGACAUCUUAUGAUUACAUUGGAAGUACCGUGUCGUGAUAAAUCGUAUCAAUGGUUGUUGCAAUGGAUAACAGCUCACGCUGCUCGAGACACGCAACACCUUAGUGUUGAGACUUCAUUUGUGCAAAAAGAAACUGGAAAAAUUAAAACCAAGUACGAUUUCAUUCCCAGCAUUGGAAAACAUUUGAUGCGAUAUAAAGGAGUGUGGAUGCAGGUUGAAAGGUCGAGAGAACAACAGACUUUAGAUCUGCACAUGGGCGUUCCUUGGGAGUCGGUAACGAUAACUGCGUUUGGAAGAAACAAACAGCUUUAUUUUGAAAUGUUAGAGGAGGCUCGACAAUAUGCACUUCAAGCAACAGAAGGAAAAACCAUUAUGUAUACGGCUAUGGGCUCUGAAUGGAGGCCAUUCGGACAUCCGCGAAGGCGCCGCCCAUUGUCUUCGGUUGUAUUAGAUAAACAAAUAUCAAUGCGAAUUAUCAGUGACUGCAAGGAAUUUAUUAACAACCCCCAAUGGUAUGCAGACAGAGGAAUACCAUAUAGAAGAGGAUAUUUAUUAUAUGGUCCCCCUGGUUGUGGGAAGUCAAGCUUCAUUACUGCUUUGGCAGGAGAACUAGAAUAUGGCAUAUGUUUACUUAACUUGUCAGAGAGAGGAUUAACUGACGAUAGAUUGAACCAUUUAUUAAAUGUUGCUCCGGAACAGUCUAUAAUAUUACUUGAGGACAUUGAUGCAGCCUUCGCGUCCCGUGAAGAUGUGCAGCACCAAAAAGCAUCCCUCAAUCUAAUUAUGUUGUGCAGGUUGGAGUAACCAAACUCCAUAGUUGUGAUUUCAAAAGACUCAUGAAACGUGAGCCAUUCUUCUGGCAAUCCCGUAAAGGUAGGCAAUGGAUAUAUCUUCUCCUGGAGUGAAUUCAAAAUGGCGUCGACAUUGGCAGAAUUACCAAGCAGAGACUCUACGGCUUCUUUGGCAGAACCUUUCAGUGCAUCCCUCAAUCUCAUUAUGUUGUGCAGGUUGGAGUAACCAAACUCCAUAGUUGUGAUUUCAAAAGACUCAUGAAACGUGAGCCAUUCUUCUGGCAAUCCCGUAAAGGUAGGCAAUGGGUAUAUCUUUAUGUGUGGAAUGGACGUUGAGUUGUUGGCUGUGGAAUUGUGGACGGACAUUUCUGAGGUUACGGAAAUUUGGUGAGUUGGUGCGUGAGACGGCGUAUUC